AUGCUUUCACUGGUUCUUAAAGCUGAGCUGGAGGGCGUUACUUCUCUCCGCCCUACCGAUACUGAGGAGAACCCUUACUUCUACACCUUCAAGGUGCAAUGCAGCUCUUGCCGUGAGACGCACCCUAACUGGGUCAGCUUCAACCGAUUUGAGCAGCAUGAGAUCCCUGGUAGCCGUGGUGAGGCCAACUUUGUGUGGAAGUGCCGCCUGUGCACGAAAACCCACUCUGCCUCCAUCACUGUAGGCCCCCUCACCUUUGAAGCUGAAGGCAAGAAGGGUGGCCAGAAGAUCAUUGAGAUGGACUGCCGUGGACUUGAGUUUGUCGACUUCAAGGCUGAUGGCGAAUGGGAAGCUAAGGGCACUGAGACCUCUACUCCUUUCACCGGGAUUGACCUCAUGGAGGAUGAAUGGUAUGACUAUGAUGAGAAGUCCAGUGAGGAGGUCAGCAUCAAGGACGUUGCCUGGACCGUUGGUCGUGCAUAA